CAACUUUAUUGACACAGCCCUUGUACACGCAGUGUUGUCCUUCAGCAUAGCCUUCAUUCAAGCUUUUUUCUGGCGUAACUGGAAUAACCCUGCGUUGAAGGACACUGCACCACUGUGGACCAUGGCGGCAAAGAUUCUGCCCGUAGUAAAACUGGCCACCAAGGUGACCAUUGCAGGAGGAGCUCUCUACGUUGCCUACGGCUCUGGCCUGUUAGGAAGCAGCGAGCAGGGCUCCGUGGCCCUGGGGAAGGCCAAGGCUGCGAUCCCCCCCGCCGUACAGGAGUGGAUGAAGUACUUUGGCCUGGAGGCUCAGCUUCCAACCAUACCUACAGUGGAGUUUUCUCCCGUUCAGGCGUGGAACUCUGGGGUGCGGAAAACCAUUUCAACUCUUUCAGAGGCGCCAACAAACGCGGUUGGAUACACAAAUCAAGGUUUUCAGUACAUGAAAGACCUGACGAAGUAAACGGGACCUCAACCUGGACAACCUGACAUUUAUUCAUGUUUUUGAGUUUUGCACUUGAGAAAUUACUUCUUCAAAAGUUGUUUCCCCUCCCAGGAAAGAAGAAACUCCCAACAUAGAAGGAAACAGUUCAGCUAUAAGGAGUGGAGACUGAAUGGGUGCUUUGGUUCUCUAAAUGUUAGCGGCAUUCGUUUUGAGUUGUUUUGUACAUAAUGCUAGGAAGCUAAAUGUAUUUUAAAAAACUAAUUAUUUUUUUCAUUUUGUGUAUUCCAUCCAAAUUAAUUUUGCUUAAUACUGUCUAAUAAUAAGUAUUUCACCCUCCUUUGUUCUCAAACAAUCCAAGUAAUCUUAUGAAGAAAAUGUCUGUAUAUUGUGUAUAUAUGCAAUUUCAAAAGUUGUCACAAAAAAUACAUCAAUCUUAAAACAAGUCACGUCUUUAGUUUGAUUUAUUAAGGAAAGAAUAUACUGCAUGUUGAUCAAUAAUAAUAGAUUUAAUUUGUUAGCGCUUUUACAGGUGCUCAAAGACGCUUUACAGAUAAUAGUGAAGAAAAAAGAAAAGAGAAGAAAGGAACAACAAAUAAAUAUAUAGUUAAAGUUAAAGUCAAAUAAUACAAAAACAAUCACACAUCAAGGCAGCGUGUCUUAAGAACAAGACCAGACAAAUGUGCAAAAAUCUUUAUUACUCAUGACAGAAUAAUAACGACACAAAUUGCCUGUUGAUGCUGCUACAUCUUGGAACAGGAGGUGAUUCAAAGCAUAAAGAAUAGCGCUUACAGUCAUUUGUAACUCCACUUUACACAACACAGAAACACUGUACAGCACCACUAGUGGUGAUGUACAGUGAGAACCUUUUUUUUUUUAAUGUAGGUUAAACUAACGGUACCUAUUCUGCCACACAUUGUCACUUCCCUACUGUCAAAAUAAGGUUUAAAUAUCUCCAGACACUCUGAUCAGAUAAUGCAUGCAGUGUUUUGAAAGCUAAAAAUAACAGGAACAGUUAAACCACUGAUUGACUAGUUAACUGAGGGAUACACUUGAAGAAGACUGACGGGGCUAGACCAAUUCAGCAACUGAAAAAGUGUGGAUGAAACCAAUUUUGCAAGCAUACAUGUUGGCAAGAGACAAAGUUAUAGAGCCUAUAACCAGAGUUAGGGAGUUACUGUCAACAUACUGUUAUUUUUUCAGUUGAAUAUACCUGUUAUAAUUCUUGGAAAUAAACAACCCUUUCACUAAAAGCUGGUGCUGUUUGGAUGAGAAAUGUAUAUAAA